AUAUUGAUAUUUCAGAUGUUUGUAUCUCUGAAAAGAGAAGUGCACGUACAAAAAUACUGCAACCAUACUAAGUGAUUUUGAAAAUAUUUUUCCCCCUUGAUAUGCGCUUUUUCAACUUUUUUAAUGGUAAUUUAUAAAAAGUUUAUUCUUAAUUUUAACAAGAAAUUAUAAUGUCUUAUGAAAAGUAAAUAGAUAAMUUAUUUGGAAAAAAUAUCAUUCAUUACUACAUGCUAUUUUUUUCUUUGCUGGCUUCGCUACUCACUCCCGGCUGACUUACAGAACUCACUCACUCCUGGCUGACUUACAGAAACGUACGGCUUCCAUUGUAUAUCAUAUUAUGAUAUAAAAUUAUAUAAUAUGAAUAUAAUAUAUAAUAUAUGGUACUGUAUUCCAAGUCAAAAACUUUGGCAAUAAUUAUAUCUCGCCUUAGUUCCCUCUCUCUCUGCUAAACCACAGGAAGCUAGUCACCAAAAGAGUGCAAAGGAGGACGCAUUCCAAACAUUGCGGAAGUGAACGAUUGCAGUACAAGUAGUCACGAAGUCGGCCAACUUUGGCCCUCUUUACCGGACAAAAUACUAAAAUAUAAUUCCUAAAACGAGAAGCUAAAGAUAAACAAGACAAGAUAAAGCAGUUUUGAAUCUUAAAGGUCUUUCGCUUUCGCCCUGGUAAUUUACCUCCAUUCUAGCCAGUGUUUGUUUGCAACUACAAGUUAGAGAAUAUAAAAUCAAGAACCAAAAUCCUCCGGUGUCUUACGAGGCUAAAACAGCUUCAUGUUAUUGCUGUUUCACAAUCAAGCCAAUAAAACUCAGAAAAAGAAAUCAAGAAAAAAAGAAAGAAAAAAUGGCAGAAAAAUGGAAAGUUCUAUCUAUGAAUACCAAGUAUAUGUAAUAACCAAGAAUCAAGAAAAUAAAAGGAGAACAAAUAGAAGAAAGCAAGGGGAAAACAAAACAAGCAGAAAACUUCAAAACAAAGGCACAACCUCAAUCUAUUUAAGAAAAAAAAUUGAACAGGAAGUGGGAAGUAUUCAUACUAUAUAUAUUAUAUCUUGGCCUAUAUUUGCAAAAUUGGUUUAUUAUUUCACUCUACUUCCUUCUCUCAUAAUUUUCUUAGUGUUUCAUUUCGUUCUCUAUUUUUCAUUUUCAAAAUGUCUUUAUUUGGUGAAUAUCCAUGUUUGAACAUGACUAUCCCUCCCAGUUAUAUCUCAUUCACUACAGCAUCCAUUUUCAUCCCAUUGACUCUCCUUACAGUCACUGGUAACUUACUGGUGUUGCUUGCCAUCUUUGUGGAUCCAUAUCGUGAUUUAAAAUCACCUUUCAAUUACUUUGUUGCCAAUCUAGCUGUGGCAGACUUGUUAGUUGGACUUGUAGUUGAUCCUCUAGGCGUAGUGUAUCAUUACAGUGAAGGUUUACAAGGCAAGUAUCCUGCAAGUCUGAAUUAUAUACAUGUACCUUACUUCAUGACUAGCUCGGCAUCUGUGUUAAGUCUUGCUGCUCUUACAUUUGACAGAUAUCUUGCAAUCACUUCACCAAUGUCUUAUAGGACUAGACUCAAUCCCAAAAGAGCAGGGUUUGUUUCUCUUGGAAUCUGGGUUUUCUCUGUAGCAUUUUCAUUUUUGUAUCUCGUAACUGGAUACCUCAUGUUUUCAUUUAUUUUCAUGCACACCAUUAUCUUAUUUUCUUUCUUCGUGAUGCUCUUUACAUACCAGAGGAUAUUCAAAGUGUUUAGAACACAAGUUGAGCAGUGGGACAACAUGAAUGAUGCAAAGAAUGAAGACAACUUUGCUAAACGUCAAGCUGUCAGAUGGGAGCAAAAAGUCACCAAGACUUUUCUCAUCAUGUUGGUGUUUUUUCUUGGCUGCUACCUUCCAGCUUGCAUCUGUAUCUACAUCACCAACUUGUGCAGUACAUGUAGCUGUGUCUUAAUUCACUGGGCGAGGGAUGCUCACUUUUUCCUCAUUCUUUCUAAUUCCAGCAUUAAUCCUUUUCUUUAUGCAGUAAGAUUUGAGAAUUUCAGAAAAGCGUUUAAGAAAAUGCUUCAAUGUGCAUGCUUAAGGAGGAGAUUCCAGUCAUUUAGGCUGGAGUUUGUGAAUUCGUCGACUGGAGAAAGCACUACCUCAAUAGCUCCAAAAACUUCACAAAGUGAAUAGAUCCAGCAGUUGCAUCAUCACUCUCAAGAAACCUUUUUACCUUGGAUGUAAUAUUUUCCUAUUUUAGACCAUGUGUCAUUCCCUAGAGUAUCAUUUCUUUGUUUAACAGUUGCAAAUCAGAAGACAGAGUAAUGGACCUCUUUACCUUGGGCGUAAUGUUUUCCCAUUUCAGACCACAAGUCAUUCCCUAGAGUAUAAUUUUUGUGUUUAACAGUUGCGCAUGAGAAGACACAUGAAUAUGGAUACAACUC